AUGCAUGCACCCACAACGGCCCGCAACUCCGCCCCGGGCAAGACCCUGUUGCUGUUCGGGCCCCAGAUACCUCGACUGAUCCCGUCCCAAAUGCUGAAGCUUCGGGCUACCAUUCUACGCGACAGAGUGAACCUUGGUUUCCUAUAUCGCAUAGUUCACAGCCUACCUUCUCUAUGGGAUUCCAUCCAUCAAACAUGUCCAGCCCUUCGGCAACUGCCAGGUAGCCAGAAACUGAACCAAUUGGUGCAUUUCCUGGACACAGGAGAAAUCUUAGGCAUGGAAACUCCAAACAACAUCCUCCUCGUGCCCCUGACGGUGCUGGCUCAUAUGGUUGAGUACCUGCAAACCGCACCUCAACCGACUGACAUCCAAGGCUUUUGUACUGGGUUUCUGACCGCGGCUGCGGUUUCCACCGCGCAAAGCCGAUUGGAACUCGACGACCUGGUCUCCCGCGCCCUUGCACUGGCGGUCUGCAUUGGUGCUGUGAUCGAUCUGGACGAGCUUUCCCAGGUCGACCCCCUUAAUCGGAGCGCCACUUUGUCGGUACAUUGGUCGUCAGAUGCAGAGAGACAACACUUAGAAAGCGUGCUGAAGCGGUUCCCCGAAGCAUAUAUCUCCUGCGUGACAGAUCGAGAUCGGUCUACCGUGACCCUGCCAGUCCAUGACAAAAGCUUGUUUAACGCGCAACUGGUGGGUACUAGCCUCGAAGUGUCAUCCGUCGGGCUUUGUGGUCGAUACCAUCUUCCGGAGCGAAGGGAAGUCGUGGACCAGGUCAAACAACUCUGCAAACAAGAUCCAGCCUUUCAGCUCCCAUCCACGGACAAUCUGGGGUUCCUUCUGCGGUCGACAUCAGAUGGAAAAGUCAUAGGCAGUGGAUUCCUCCACGAUAUCGCAUUGGAAUCGAUCCUUGUCCAGACAUGCCAGUGGUACGCAACGGUGGCGCAGGUCAUGGACGCGCAAUCUGGAGAGACCCUGAAUGUCGUUUCGAUCGGCGGUCCGGGAACAUGUCCUCGAUCCUUGGCCUGGGAACCAACACCAUUUCCAAAUGAGAAUCACCGUUCCAACGGCACUUUUAACGAAUCCGCAGCUCUUUCGUCUGGGGCGGACACCCCUGAUGGUAACGUGGCCGAUUUUCCCGUUACAGCCGCGGGCUCUGUUGCUGUCAUCGGAAUGGCAUGUCGCUUUCCCCAGGCCGCAUCACUGCAGGAAUUCUGGGACUUGAUUGCUUCCGGAAGAAAUGCCGUCGGUCCUCUCCCAGAGAGUCGGUUCAAGUCUGCUCAACUGAAUAGACAACCCAAGGGCCCGUUCUGGGGUAACUUCCUACAGGAGCCCGAUGCCUUCGACCAUCGCUUUUUCAAGAUAUCCAGUCGAGAAGCUGAGUCAAUGGACCCGCAACAGCGACUGCUCCUCCAGGGUCAGUGGAUUAUGAAGCCAGUGGCAUCGCAAGAUGCAACAGCAUUUUCCGCCAUGGGAACUCUCCGAGCAUUUAUCAGCGGCCGAGCUCUCCAAACCAACGAAUGCUCAGUCGCAGUUGCGGGUGGGGUGAAUGUCAUCACUGCCCCGAGUCUCUAUCAGAACCUAGGGGCCGCAUCUUUCCUCAGCCCUACGGGUGCCUCGAAAGUGUUUGAUGCGAAGGGUGAUGGAUAUUGCGUGGCCAUCAAAGACAGUGACCCCAUCAUCGGCGUUAUUGCUGGGUCGGCUGUCAACCAGGGCUCCAAUUGCAGACCCAUCACCGUGCCAGACUCCGACUCCCAAAUUAACUUGUACAGGCAGGCUCUCGCUGCCGGGGAUAUUCACCCAACAGACGUCUCCUACGUGGAGGUACACGGUACAGGCACACCUGUAGGGGAUCCUAUCGAGUGCGAGAGUAUCAGGUAUACCUUUGGGGGCCACGACCGCCCAGAGAAGCUCCUCAUCGGCUCCGUCAAAGAUGUAAUCGGCCAUACCGAAGCGGCGUCGGGUGUGGCUGGCUGCAUCGAGACACUGCUAAUGAUGCAGAACGGGAUUAUUCCCAAGCAGCCCAACUUCAACCAGCUCAAUCCGAAGAUUCCCCACUUGGAGUCCGAUAAAUUGUCCAUUGCGGAUCGUUCACAACCCUGGACGUCCAAGGCUCGGACUGCUCUCGUGAACAACUAUGGAGCUGCAGGUAGUAAUGCGGCCAUCGUAUUGCAGCAGUACUCUCCUACGAGAUCUCAACGGGCACUACUACCCAUGACUACCGUUGAGGAUAUGGAGUAUCCCUUCGUGCUCACAGCCAAGACGUCUGAUAGCCUGCGUGUCUACUCCAGUGCAUUCGUCGCCGAUAUUGCUUGGAAUUUGGCUCGUAAACAGAGCCGAGACCUUGAUUAUAUCCAUACCUCGACGGCUACAAGUCUGUCUAACCUCUCACUCCAGCUUGAGGCUGUUGCCUCUGGUACUCAGGCGCCCACUAAGCUCCCCAAUCCAUCCCCUCCUGUGGUCCUUUGCUUCGGUGGCCAAACGGGGCUUACCGUCAAUAUCUCACAAUACUUACUCGAGCAGUCGCCCGCGAUGCAGCGUCAUCUGGCUCGCUGUGACGAGGUCUGCCAGACCCUGGGAUUGCCCUCGCUGUUCCCAGGUAUCUUUGAUCCUGCGUCCAUCGAAGAUCUGCCAACCUUGCAUGCCCGUUUGUUCUCGGUGCAGUACGCCAGCGCAAAGGCGUGGAUAGAGACCGGACUGCAGGUAGCCUGUAUGCUCGGGCACAGUUUUGGCCAACUGACGGCUCUGUGCGUGGCCAACAGUAUGGACCUUGCCGAUGGCAUCCGCCUUGUCACCGACCUCGAGGGCGUCAAAGAAGAUAUCGACGCCGUGUUGACGAAGGCCAAAGCGCUCGGAGAUUCUGUCCACAUCGACAUAGCGUGCUAUAAUAGUCCCCGAAACAUCGUCCUUACUGGCGGCAUGGAUUCCAUCCAAGCCCUUGAGCCACUCUGCCGCGCGUCAGGUGUCCUGAAGGUGACCCGGCUCAAGAACAGCCAUGCGUAUCAUUCUGCGCUGGCCGAUCCUAUCCUUUCUAGCCUCCGCGCGCUGGCCGAGUCGAUUUCCUGGUGGGAGCCCGCAAUCCCAGUCGAAACAUGCUCCCACGGUCAGAGCUGGUCCAAUGUUGAUGCUGCCAGGAUCGUCCUACACACAAGAGAACCAGUCUAUUUUGCAGAGGCUAUUCAGAGGAUCGCCAAUCGUUAUCCGUCCUGUGUCUGGCUGGAGGCUGGGUCCGCCUCUCCCAUUAUUCCGAUGGUGCAACGAGCUCUGCCCUCUGCUCGUGUCGACGCACUUCUACGCAUUGACCUGAGCGGUCCAGAUGCAUUGAGUACUGUUGCCAGAGCGACUUCGCGCCUCUGGGGCUUGGGUCUCCGGGUAACGUUUUUGGCCUUCCACCCUGCCCAGAACCCUCAAUACCAGUGGGUGAAUCUACCCCCGUAUCAGUUCGCAAGGACAAAACACUGGAUCGACUUCAAGCCUGCCGGUGUCCCUGAGGCUAUGACAAGGUCCGAAGUCUCCAAGCAAACAGGGCUGGUCGAGUUGGUGGAUCAGUACAACGGUACGGCAGUCUUCCAUAUCGAUGUCUCGGAGACCGAGUUCUCUUUGGCUGUCCGCGGCCAUGCGGUGCUCGGCCAAAGCCUGUGCCCAGCGUCCAUGUACUUCGAGCUCGCAAUUCGCGCGGCAAGAGUCUUGGCCGAAAGCAACGGCACCUCUCGCGCUCUUCCCUGCAUUCUAGACUUGAGCAUCGUCUCCCCUCUGGCCCUGAGUCCUCCGGGCCAGCUGACUUUGACAUUAUCCGCUGUCAAAAACAACCCCUCCUGGGAUUUCUCCCUCUAUACGCAGCCCGGCAAGGACCACGGAUCGUCUCAGACAACGGUUCAUGCCCGUGGAACGGUGGCGUUGCAUCAUGAGCAGAGUGCUGCCGCUCGCUUCCAGUCCCUACGCCGACUGCUGGGGCCAUUUCGGUAUGAGCAGAUUGCCGGGGUUUCCGAGGCAGAGCGACUGUCAGGAGACGUGAUCUACAAAGUGUUCGGGCGGGCCGUCAACUAUGCCCCCUACUAUCGUGGUGUUCGCAAUGCGAUUGCCUGCAAUUCCGAGGUGACUGGAGAAAUCCGAAUGCCAGACGAGUGUGUGGUGCCCAGUGGCGCGUCCGACCCGCUCACCAUCGACAACAUCUUGCAGGUUGCCGGUAUCCAUGUUAACUGUCUGGCCAGCUGUAAAGCCGAGGAGGUGUUUGUAUGCACAUCCAUCGGCGAAGGCCUUUGGAGCCGGGAGAUUCUGGAUGGCUCGUAUGGCACUCGGAAUUUGAGAGUCUACUCGAACUCGGAAGCAAAAGGAAAGAACUCCUUGGUGAACGACAUCCUUGCCCUCGACCCUACAACUGGGGAAGUCGUCAUGUUCCUGCUGGGGGCUCGGUUCACGGCGGUGGCACUGAGUUCUCUGCACAGGGCCUUGUCCAAGCUGAACGAUCCAGUCCGAGCCACACCCUCAAGUCAGCCCGACUUCGCUCCACUGCCGGCUUCCAGCCCGCCGAAGCCCAUUUCCACCGAGUGUAUGCAACAGGUGAAUGGGAGGCCCGAUGGCGCGAUUGCUGCAGUAGAUAGCCAGGCUAUUGAACCUAAAGCCAAUUCAGCCGACGCCCUACGGCAGAUGCUGAGUGAUGUACUUGGUAUCACGAUGGCUGACAUCCAGCCCAAGUCCUCCCUCGUGGACCUGGGUGUCGACUCGUUGAUGAUCACUGAGAUUGCCAGCGAAAUUAACAGACACUUCAGUUUGUCGAUCACCGUCGCCGACCUGCAGGAUCUGACGGAUUUUACAUCAUUAUUCCUGCGAUUGAAUCCGAUGCUACCCCACACUUCGCAGCUCCGAGACGCAGACCACUCGGUCAGCUCGGGAGAGAUCAUCGAUGAGAGCAUUGCAAGCAUCAGUAGCCGGUGGUUUUACACCCACCGCGCCGAAUACGAUGAUGACGUACACGAAGCCCAACUCGGUCAUUUCCGCCAACGGGUCUAUCCUCAGCAGGAGCAGCCGGUGGUGGCAUAUGUGACAGAAGCACUUGCCCGUCUCGGUUGCGACCUCAGCUUUAUCGACACCGGGGAGGCGUUGCCUACAGUCUCGUACUUGCCUAAACAUGAGAACGUCAUGAACCAGAUCUUUAAUAUCCUUGAGGACGCUCGACUGGUUGUUCGUGGAAGAGAAGGCCAGUAUCAUCGGACAGACAUGCCUCUAAGCAGAGCCUCGUCAGAAGAUAUUCACGGCCGCAUCAUCCAGGACUUCCCCCAGCACAUCUCCGAGCAUCUGCUCCUCCGCACCACGGGACCUAUCCUGGCCGAUUGUCUCGUCGGCCGUGCUGAUCCGUUGUCACUGCUCUUCCGAGACGUCGAAUCCAAACGGCUUCUCGAGGACGUGUACACCAAUGCACCCAUGUUCAAGGCUGGCACGUUGUUCCUGGCUCGGUUCCUCGGGAGAGGCACUGGCGGCACGACCACCUUCUUGUUGCAGCAGCUGUCGACCGUUCAGAAGCAGGUUGACUACACGUUUAGCGAUCUCUCGCCGUCCCUGGUGGCCGCCGCCAAGAAAAAGUUUGGGCGAUACUCGUUCAUGAAGUAUCGGGUUCUCGAUAUCGAACAUUCACCUCCAGAUGAGCUACUGGGGCAAUACGAUAUCGUCAUCUCCACUAACUGCAUCCAUGCAACCAGAAACCUGGUGCGCUCAUGCUCCCAUAUCCGCCAUAUGCUCCGCCCCGAUGGCAUCUUGUGUCUUCUUGAACUGACACUAAAUUUGUUCUGGUUUGAUCUCGUUUUCGGGCUAUUGGAGGGAUGGUGGCUGUUCGAUGACGGGCGCAAACAUGCCCUGGCCCCAGAGACCCUGUGGCAACAGAAUCUGUCAGAGGCCGGAUAUGGUUGGACCUCCUGGUCUGAAGGGGCGACGGAGGAAUCCAGGAUACUGCGGAUGAUUGUCGCAUCGCCCUCCGCCGAACCUGCGCCUUCGCCACAGCACGCUGCCAUCGCCACUCCCCUGCCAACCCAGGAGACGGUGAUAUUUGCGACAAAGGAUGCGGUGGCCUUGGAGGCGGACAUCUACUAUCCCUCCUCACUACAAAUAGAAAGCAAGUUGCGACCGGCGCCUGACUUCUCAUUCCUCUGUGAUGCAGCGUUGAUGAUUCACGGCGGUGGCCAUGUGAUGCUUUCGCGAAAGGAUGUCCGUCAUCAGCAAACGAAUCUGCUUCUUGAGCUCGGAUUCACCCCUGUCAGCGUCGAUUACCGCCUUUGUCCGGAGGUUACGCUCCAAGAGGGCCCGAUGGCUGAUGUCUGCGAUGCUUUGAGCUGGGCUCGCGCCAGGCUACCGUGUCUGGCUCUGCAGCGACACGAUAUCCAGGUCACCGGUGAUCGGAUUGUGGCGGUUGGGUGGUCUACCGGUGGCCAUUUGGCAUUGAGUCUGGGCUGGACAGCACCUGAAAGAGGUAUCCGGCCCCCAGACGCCAUUCUAGCAUUCUACUGUCCACUGGACUAUGAAGACCCCUUUUGGUCCCAUUCGAAUCUUCCCUAUGGUGAGACUAUAGCUCGGGGUUAUGAUCUCUGGGGAGGAGUCAGGGACGCCCCCAUCACGGCCCACAACCCUCCGCCCUCCAUGUCUGCUGCUGGUGGGUGGAUGGCAAAGAGCGACGCACGUUCCCGAAUUGCACUGCACAUGAAUUGGCACGGCCAAACGGUGCUCAUGCUGGUGCAUGGACUCAACAAAAGAAAGGAUCAGAAGAGUGGUGGUGCCAUUUUGGACCUUCCCUGUCCACGGACAGAGCAGGUUGAAUUCAUCAGCCCGCUCGCUCAUAUUCGGCGAGGAGACUACCGUACGCCGACCUUUAUUGUUCAUCCCAUCCUGGACGACCUUAUUCCAUGGGAGCAGGCUCAGCGUACCUACAUGGAACUCGUGCAAAAGGGCGUUCCUGUUCAUUUGAGACUUGUAUAUAGGGCAAAACAUCUGUUCGAUCUGCAUCCACGUUAUGUGGAUAAUCCUGACGCUCGUCAAGCCGUUAUGGAUGGCUAUUCAUUUCUUGCAUCCUGGGUGGCAGAACACUAG